AUGCCCAUCUCUUCUCCCGACCUAGAGCGCGCUAUUCGCUCCGCCAUCGCAGUCACCCACCUCCAGAUCACUGACCAGUCGAGCGGAUGUGGCGAGAAUUAUGCGGUCUUCAUCGUGAGCGAGGCGUUCGAAGGGAAGAACACGCUCGCGAGACAUCGUUUCAUCAAUGAAUUGUUGAAAGAUCAGAUCUCGCAGAUGCACGCGUUUUCUCAGAAAACGCUCACGCCGACGCAGUACCAGGCACAGCAGGAGAAAGCGUCUGCGUGA